UGCUUCCCCGCACGGGGUGUCAUGGAAGGGCUGCUGUCGAGAUGCAGGGCACUGCCCGCCCUGACCACCUGCGGCCGCCAGCUCUCUGGGUACGUUCCUCACAGGUUUUACCACUGUGGCCCAGAGAGAGGGAAGCGCUUGGUGCUGUCCCGCAUGUUCCAGCCCCAGAACCUUCGGGAAGACCAGGUGCUCUCUCCUGAGGGCAGAUCUGGCGACCUGAGCUGUAAGAGCCAGCGGCUGAUGCUGCAGGUGGGUCUGAUCCACCCGGCAAGCCCCGGCUGUUACCACCUCCUGCCUUAUACCGUGCGUGCCAUAGAGAAGCUCGAGCGGGUGAUAGACCAGGAGAUGCAGGCCAUCGGGGGACAGAAGGUCAACAUGCCCAGCCUCAGCCCAGCAGAGCUCUGGCGCGCCACCAAGCGGUGGGACUUGAUGGGCAAGGAGCUGCUAAGACUUAGAGACAGACAUGGCAAGGAAUACUGCUUAGGACCAACUCACGAGGAAGCCAUCACAGCCCUGGUUGCCUCCCAGCAGACACUGUCCUACAAGCAGCUUCCGUUCCUGCUGUACCAGGUGACAAGGAAGUUUCGGGACGAGCCCAGGCCCCGCUUUGGUCUUCUUCGCGGCCGAGAGUUUUACAUGAAGGACAUGUACACCUUCGACUCCUCCCCAGAGGCCGCCCUGGAGACCUACGGCCUGGUGUGCGGGGCCUACAGCAGCCUGUUCCACAGGCUGGGGCUACAGUGCGUCAGGGUCCAGGCGGACGUGGGCAGCAUCGGGGGCACCACGUCUCACGAGUUCCAGCUGCCAGCCGAGGUCGGGGAGGACCGGUUUGCGGUCUGUCCCGGCUGCGGCUUCUCGGCCAACAUGGAGACGCUGCACUCGUCGCAAACCAGCUGCCCUGCUUGCCGGGGACCACUGACCGAAAGCAGAGGCAUCGAGGUGGGGCACACGUUUUACCUGGGCACCAAGUACUCCUCCAUUUUCAGUGCCCAGUUUACCAACGCCCACGGCAAACCGUGCCUGGCCGAGAUGGGCUGCUAUGGCCUGGGUGUGACGCGGAUACUGGCUGCCGGCAUUGAGGUGCUGUCCACCGAAGACUCUGUUCGCUGGCCCAGCCUCCUCGCGCCUUACCACGUGUGCCUCAUCCCCCCGAAGAAGGGCAGUAGGGAGGAGGCGGCCACCGAGCUCACGGGCGGCCUGUACGACCUCAUCACGGAGGCAGUGCCGCAGCUCCGUGGUGAGGUCCUGCUCGAUGACAGGACCCAUCUGACCAUCGGAAACAGACUGAAAGACGCCAACAAGUUUGGGUACCCCUUUGUGAUCAUCGCCGGCAAGAGGGCCCUGGAGGACCCUGCCCAUUUUGAAGUCCGGUGCCAGAACACCGGUGAGGUGGUGUUCCUCACCAGAGAAGGAGUCACGGAAUUUCUGAGCCAAGUGCAGGUCGUCUGA